AUACAACACAUACUUUUCUUUUUUGUCUCAUUUCUUUCAGCAUAAUUAUUUUGAGACCCAUGUUGUCUAUAUUGAUAAUUUCAAACUAGUAACUUUUGAGUAAUUUUUCCUAUUGAUUUUGUUUGAUAUCUUCUGUUUUUCUUAUUUAACAGGGCUGUGGUGUACAGACUUGGGAAAGAUGAUUGCUAGAUGCGAAAGCUUGGGGGAGGCAAGAAGUCUCACCCUGCCUGUCUAGACAGAAAGGCUUCAAAGUGGGAUUGGUUAAGCCUGUCUUAAUCUUUCUGAGUUAUCUAAACUCUAGUUGGUAUUGUAUGGAAAAUGCUUAAUGAUGAAUCCCUUAAUUAUUGAUGUUGGGAGGGAUAUGGUGGGAAAGCUUAGGGCAGAUCUGCAUUAUUCUGGUGUUGCUUUGUCUUGAUUCUUAUUUUUAGCAUUGUAUUUUUACUUUUUUAUUGGAAAUGUGUACUUUGUGAUUUAAGUUUAAACCAGUUAUUCAGAAUUUUGAACAAUAGAAUGGUGGUCUAAUGUUCAUUGUAAAGUGAAUGGUAAUUUUGAGUACCAACAUUUUCUCUUCACAUGAUAGGACAGGGUCUGUAUUAAAUUUUGUGUCUAUCUAGUUUCCUUCUAGACCCUUGACGUGUUCUAAGCCACCAAGCAAAAAUAGUUCUGGUCUGUAAGGUGCAAAACUAGGUUAAGCAACAGAUGGUAAGACUCCUUUGGAAUUUAUGAAGCAGAACUAUAAAGUCUGUUUCUUGGAGGGAGGGAAGAAUGUAGUGUGCUGGAAGGGGAGAAAAAUAUGAAUGAGGUUCUUAUGUAUUGAAAUCCUCUCCUCAGAUCUGCUACGAUGGCAUCUGAUGACUUUGAUAUAGUGAUUGAGGCCAUGCUGGAAGCUCCCUAUAAAAAAGAGGAGGAUGAGCAGCAAAGGAAGGAGGUUAAAAAGGAUGAUCCUAGCAACACCAGCAUCAGCAACAGUGGCAGUGGGAGCAGCACCACUGGGGAGACAAGCAGGAAGAAGAGGAGUCGGAGCCAUAGUAAAAGCAGGGAUAGGAAGCGCAGUCGUAGUCGAGACCGGGAUCGAUAUAAACGGAGAAAUAGUCAGAGCCGAAGUCGAGAUCGGCAGCGUCAUCACCGCAGCCAUAGCCGGGACCGUCGUCAUAGUAGUGAGUCUCGAAGUCGGGACUGGCACCGUGAAGGUCGUGUGCGUUACAGGAGCCCACCACUUGCCACUGGGCAUAGGUAUGGACAGAGUAAGAGUCCUCAUUUCAGAGAGAAGAGCCCAGUCAGGGAACCAGUUGAUAACCUGAGUCCCGAGGAGCGUGAUGCUCGAACAGUUUUCUGUAUGCAGUUAGCUGCCCGCAUUCGGCCUCGAGACCUGGAAGUUUUCUCUGCUGUUGGCAAAGUUCGUGACGUACGUAUCAUCUCAGAUCGGAACUCACGUCGUUCUAAGGGCAUUGCCUAUGUGGAAUUCUGUGAAAUCCAGUCUGUGCCACUGGCCAUCGGGUUGACUGGGCAGCGGCUGCUGGGUGUGCCUAUCAUUGUACAGGCCUCACAGGCCGAGAAAAACCGACUGGCAGCCAUGGCCAAUAACUUGCAGAAGGGCAGUGGUGGACCAAUGCGCCUCUUUGUGGGCUCCCUGCACUUCAACAUCACUGAAGACAUGCUGCGGGGCAUCUUUGAGCCCUUUGGCAAAAUUGAUAAUAUUGUCCUGAUGAAGGACUCAGAUACAGGCCGCUCUAAAGGUUAUGGUUUCAUUACAUUCUCUGACUCUGAGUGUGCCCGGCGGGCCCUGGAGCAGUUGAAUGGCUUUGAGCUUGCUGGUCGACCUAUGAGGGUUGGCCAUGUGACUGAGCGACUAGAUGGUAGCACAGACAUCACUUUUCCUGAUGGAGACCAGGAGCUGGAUCUGGGAUCAGCAAGUGGACAUUUACAGCUCAUGGCCAAAUUGGCAGAAGGCUCUGGAAUCCAGCUGCCAGCCACAGCUGCUGCUGCCACAGCUGCCGCUGCCCAGGCCGCUGCCUUGCAGCUGAAUGGAGCAGUUCCCUUGGGGGCCUUAAACCCAGCAGCUCUGACUGCUCUGAGUCCAGCCCUGAACCUCACCUCUCAAGCAAUCGCCUCCCAGUGCUUCCAGCUUUCCAGCCUUUUUACCCCCCAAACCCUGUAAGUCACAGGACCUUGCUAGUUUUAGUCACUGGGUAUUUUCUUCCUUUGGCUUCCAUUCACUUCUUCUCCUUGCCCCAGGUAAAUCAGUGGCACAGUACAUUGCCUCCCUGUGCCGGAGGUCCUGCCACUACCUUCCUCACAACUGCCCUUCUACGGCCCCUUCUCUCUGUUUUGUGGACCAAGCCAUCCUGAGGCCAUGGACAUUUACUCUGCAGGAAUUGGGGCCACCCUUAGACACCAAGAAGCGCUCCUGCCUGUGGCCCCAGUGGGAAUGGACUCUGCUAAGCAACCACUAGUCCAAGAGAACAAUUAUGAACACUGUUUCUCCAUGUGCAUCGUCUCCUGAGAUGAUCUUCAUUGCCCUUUCCAACCCUCUCUUAGUGAUUCCUCCAUUCCUAUGUUGGGAAGGCCAUGGGCAUUAACAGAAGGAACUGACUUCUUUUUUCUUCCCCCGUACCUUUACCCUACAAUUUUGUUAAGGGAAAAUCCUUAAGCCCUCUGCUCCAAGAGGACUUUGGAGUUUGGGGGCAAGGGGGUGAAACUUGAAGGUGCUGGCUUGCCGCUGCAAGGUCCAUGGAAGAGAGCUGGGACAUGUAUGUGCAUUGUGAAGCCUGCCUUAGACCUCAGCUUGGGACCAGAAUUACCAUGGGCCCAGCAUCUUGCUGGGAGCUGUAGAAAUGAUCCAUUCUGCCAGGCAUUUUGGAUGUCUUAGGGGCAUUCUGGAGUUUAGGGAAAGAUGGAGUACUUUUUAAGUAUCUUCCAUCUUCCUUUGUAUAGUUAGUUGUCCUUCCUCCCAGGUACUUCCUUUGGUCCAGGGUGGGAGGAUGGUGGGGAGGCUGCUAUUCUCCGCCACUUCCCGUGUGCCUCUACUGUGGGCUCCACCCAGCUGUUAAAGCUGCUUCUGUCCCCUACUUGGGCACAUGUGAGCCCUUCUUACUGAAUUUUAUAUCCUUGUGUGUGUGUGUACAUAAAUAUAUAUAUAUAUAAACUUUGUACAAAAGGCAAGCUUCA